ACCUACUUAUUUUAUUGUUUACGAGUUACGACUACAGUGUUGCAUAAUAUCAAUUUCAGCGAUUCAGCGCUUCCUUUCGAACAACGUCUACGCGUACGGUGCAUCUACAAGCGCGCUUGCAGCGGCUGAAUUUGCAUCGUGCGACCUUGAUCGUAGCCGCGAGCCUGCCUCUCACCGGCCGGCUCGAGUCAACGCAUCGAAGUUUAGGAGCGUAUCGUACCAUUUUUAUAUUUUAUUAAUAACACAGUAACACUACUUAAUUAAAAUGUCGCUAAGCGAACAGAGUCUUGAUACUAACCUAAGAGAAUUAACAGCGAAACGUAGCUCAUUUAAAGGCCGACUCACUAAGUUUAAAAAUAACUUAGACGUUUUGUCUAGUUGCAAGUCGAUUUCGCCAGUCGAAGUCAGCAAAUUAUCAAUUAAAUUAAGUCGAUUUGAAACAUUGUUUACGGAUUUCGAUGAGCUACAAACGCAAAUAGAGGCAAGCAAUCAUAUGUAGAAUUCAUGAGGGAGUAUGCAGACCUUAAGCAUUUAUCUGUAUACGACAAAACCCCAUCGGAAUCUUCGUUUUAUCUACCUCAUCAUCCAGUACUAAAACUAACCAGUGAAUCGACUAAAAUCCGCGUGGUUUACGAUGCUUCUGCCCGAACUACGUCUGGCUUCUCGGUUAAUGACCUUCAAAUGGUUGGCCCCAAUAUUCAAGAUUCACUAUUCAACAUUCUAGUUCGCUUUCGCCAACAUAAGUAUGUUCUAUCAGCAGACAUAGAAAAAAUGUAUAGGAGCAUUUUGGUCGACGAAUCUGAUCGCGACCUACAAUUAAUUCUAUGGCGGGAGCAAGAGUCUCAGCCUCUAAUGACCCUUCAAUUAAAUACCGUGACCUAUGGGUUUUCUAGUUCUAGCUUUCUCAGCACGCGAUGCCUAUGGCAGUGCGGAGAGGAGUGUGGGGAUUCGGCGACUAAGACUGUUAUCCAGAAUGACUUUUAUGCAGAUGACCUGUUGACGGGCACCAACACAGAAGACGAGCUGUGCCACAGACAGCGCUCGGUUAGUGACGCGCUCGCUGCUGGUGGAUUCCGUCUACGGAAGUAUCGCUCGAAUUCCAAAUUAGUGAAAUCCAGUAUUGUCCAGGAGUCUUCCUCUUCUAAAGAGCAGGAGAGUAAUGGUGGUACUCUCACCAUUAGUAAUGCUACUAGUACUCUUGGAAUAGGUUGGACUUCAUCAUCUGACGAGCUAAGUUUUCCCGUCAAAAAUGCUCCUACAGAUGUUGUUACAAAAAGAACAAUUUUAUCCUCCACCUUUAAGGUUUUUGAUCCACUUGGACUGCUCUCUCUUUGUACUGUCAUACCAAAAAUAAUGAUUCAAGGGCUUUGGUCUGAAACCAAGCUUGGAUGGGACGAUAGAGUUCCUCCUCACAUUGAGUCUGACUGGUCAAAAUUCAUUAAAGAACUUGAAAGUAUUUCCUGUCUGCAUAUUCCCAGACAGGCUUUAAUAGACGACCCCAUCCGAGUUGAGAUGCACUGCUUCUGUGACGCAUCAGAGCAGGCAUACGGUGCUUGCAUUUACUUAAAAUCUCACAAUAAUAAAGGUGAAGUACAAGUUCAUCUACUUUGCGCAAAAUCACGCGUGGCGCCCAUAAAGCGCCAAACGAUCCCACGCCUAGAGCUCUGCGGGGCUCUCUUAGGCGCACAACUGGCGAGUACAGUUACACAGGCUUUAAGGUGUCAAAUAGAUCGCCACGUCUACUGGACAGAUUCUAAGGUCGUUCUAGGUUGGCUGCAGACUGCUAAAACUCCCAAAACAUUUGUAGCUAAUAGAGUUGCAGCUAUCAUUGAACUUUCAGAACCUAGUUCCUGGCGCUAUGUUCCUACAUCACAAAACCCAGCUGAUUUAGUUUCACGUGGUGUGCAGCCCUCUUGCGUGAAUCAAUGUAAGUUAUGGGGGCAUGGAACAAAUUACCUUUUAGAACCAGAAGCGUCUUGGCCCGCACAAGAACAUAGAAUUAAAAACCUACCUGAAAUCAAAGCACUCGCAGUGGAGGCCCAGGAACCUUUCUUUGAUUUAACUAGAAUUUCAAGAUUUCCUAUUUUACAACGAAUUUAUGCCUGGGUGCUUCGAUGUAUCAAUAACGUAAGAAAGUCCAAAAAUAGGUUGACUGGUCUAUUGCAAUCUUCCGAACUUGAUAAUUCCAUGUGUGCUCCAGUGAAGAUUUCACAAGGUCAGUCUUUUGCAAACGAAUUGACUCUUUUGUCUAGCAAUAAGCAGUUUAAAGCAAGUUCACUUCUAUCUUCAUUGGACACCGUUAUUGAUGCAAAGGGUAUACUCCGCGUAGGUGGCCAUCUUUCUAUGUCCGAUUUUAAUUACGACAAAAAAUGUCCAAUUUUAUUAUAUGCUGACAGUCAUCUAACUAAGAUUUUAUUUUAUAACGAGCGUGAUCGUCUAAAAUCUGGGGAGUUUCAAGACUCUGUACAAAACUUUGUAUCCAAACAGAAUAUUGAGUUUGAGUUCUCCCUCGUAUACGCUCUUAACUUCAGUGGUUUGUGGGAGGCCGGCACAAAGGCAACCAAAUUUCAUCCAAAAGGAGUAAUGUGCACAUCCAACUUAACUUUCGAGGAAUUAUCUUCAUUGUUUGCACAGGUUGAGUCAAUCCUCAACAGCCGGCCCCUCUGUCCUCUCAGUCCUUCCCCCAAUGAUCUCCAGUGUCUCACACCCGGACACUUUCUGAUUGGCAGGCCACUCAUGUCCUUGCCGAGUCCACCUCUACUAGAAAUCAACACCAACCAACUCGACCGAUUUCAACGGCUGGAGCAGGCGCACCAGCACUUUUGGAAACGAUGGGCUAACGUUUAUGUGGCCGAACUACAAAAGCGCACGAAAUGGCGCACAAGGUGUACAACAUUGAAGGUACACGACCUAGUUUUGCUGAAGGAACCAAGCGCGCCACCACUCUGCUGGCGCCUUAGCAGAGUGACACAACUGCAUCCCAGCGCUGAUGACGUGCCCCGCGUUGCAGACAUCUCCACCGCUCAGGGCAUUGUGCGACGGGCCCUUAAUCAGAUCUGCCUGUUGCCAACUUCUUGCUCUUGAAAGGAUCUUUCAAGGGCCGGGAGGAUGUUCGCGCCGCUAGGAUGAGUGUAUACCUAGAUAUGUGUCGAGUGACGUGACGUGUAUACAGUGCUUAAAUGAGAACCCCGACAUUCGAAAUGCGGUCAGAUAGACAGCUACGCGCCGCCUGUGCGUCCACCAUGUACCUAUUCUCAAUUCUGUACAGUAGUAAUAAAAUGCUUUAAACAUCAUUAGUUGUUAUUCGAGCUUGUUCGACACCUAU